AUGACCAAUGGCCUGGUGACGCAACAUUUAGGCACCACCCACACGCAGGAUGCAAAGCGGAGACCUUCAGCUGGCAGCUCUCAUACAGUACUUCCACCUUCUCACUUACACAUCCUUCUACUUCUUUGGAUUCCUGCUUUAAUGGCGACACUUCUGACUUUCUAUUUAACAGCUAUAAUUUGUACUACUGUAAUAUGGGGUCAAGGUGGUAAAGAAGAGAUGCAAACAAAGCAUCGACAGAAAAGGGCCUGGGUCAUCCCUCCAAAGAGGCUGAUGGAAAAUGUGGAUUAUACCAAAGUCGAAUAUAUUGCCAAAAUCCGAUCGGAUGAAGAGACCAGGACAGAUAUUGUAUAUUCUCUGAUAGGACCUUCAGUAGUUGAAGGAUUAUUCAGUGUAGACAAAACGACUGGCUUUGUCAGGAUCCAUGGCAUUUUGGACAGAGAGAAGACAGCUACGUAUGAGCUCAAAGGGAGAGCUACAUCAAAAAGAGAUGGAAAACCUGUUGAAAAUGACCUUGAUUUAAAAAUCAUAGUUUUAGACCAGAAUGACAACGCUCCUGAGUUUAAGCUUCAGAUGAUUGGUUCUGUUGAUGAGCUCAGUGACAAAGACACCCAUAUAAUUGCAAUCACUGCUUUUGAUGCGGACGAGGAAAACACAUCGUUUUCAAAAAUUGCCUACAAAGUGAUACAACAGGAGCCAGCGGGAGAAAUAAUGUUUAGAAUUGAGCGAUCAUCUGGUGAAAUCAAAGUUAAAUUGAACACUCUGGACAGAGAGACACAAGACACAUACAAACUGAUAAUCACAGCUACAGACCUGGAUGGAGGCUAUUCUGAUUCCCAAAACAUUCCAAAGACAGGAACAGGGACCGUGACAAUCAACAUACGUGAUGUUAAUGACAACAUCCCUGUAUUAGAGAAGGAAUCAUAUGAGGGUAGUGUGGAGGAGAAUAUCAUGAAUGUGGAAGCGAUAAGGAUUAAGGCAGUAGACAAGGAUCUGAUCAAUACUUCGAACUGGGAGGCUGUGUUCACUAUCAUUUCUGGAAAUGAAGCCGGUCACUUCAGCAUCACCACGGACCCCAAAACUAAUGAGGGAAUCCUGGUGGUCGAUAAGAAACUGGAUUUUGAGGAGUUAAAUGAGGUCAAUCUGAUAGUGGUGGUCAACAACAAAAGUCCUUAUCACAAGUCAGUGGUGAUCGAAAAGCCUAUAACAUACCCCAUUAGGAUCAAAGUGGUGAAUGUGCCUGAAGCCCCUCACUUCCACCCUGCUGUCAAAGUUGUCUCCAUCUCUGAAGACCACACCACCAUUGACCUGAAGAAGGUCAUCGCCACCUACACUGCCACAGACAGUGAUACGCUGUUAACCGCCACUAAUGUCAGGUAUGUAAAAGGAGAGGACGUUGACAACUGGUUAAGCAUUAAUGAGCAAACAGGCGAGAUCAAACUCAAAAAAUAUCCAGAUCGAGAGUCUAAGUUUCUGACUGAUGGAACAUACUACACCAAAAUCUUAUGCAUCACCAAUGAAAUUUUACCCGAAACUGCAACAGGAACUCUUGCAAUACAAGUUAGUGAUUCUAACGACCACUGUCCGCUUUUGACUCACUCAGUGGUAACGCUUUGUUACGGCAACAAUGUAGUGUACGUCACAGCCACAGAUGGGGAUAAAUACCCCAAUGCAGAACCUUUUGAAUUCAGAGUGGUUACCAAGGGCACAAAAGAGACCUGGAGUGUUGAACGCCUCAAUGAAACAACAGUCAUUUUGCGCAGCCAGGAGGACCUGUGGCCAGGACAGUACACAGUGGAGCUGGACGUGCUAGACCAGCAAGAAAAAUCCUGUGAGAGUCAAAAGCUUCAGGUCACUGUGUGCAGAUGCACCGAGGCACAAGUGUGUCAAUCCCAGAGACGAAGCAGCACCGGCAUUGUGCUCGGAGUAAGUGGAGCCCUGGCACUAUUGCUAGGAAUCCUGAUUUUCUUGUUGAUUCCGGUGCUUUUGCUGUUAUGUGAGUUUGGAGGACCUGAAGCUCUGGGUACAUUUAAGGCCUUUCCCUUUGAAGAUCAAAACCAGCAACUCAUCACCUACCACAUUGAAGGCAAACCAGAGGUAUCAUCAGCGCUCAUUCAAGUCCCCAUAAAUGUAAAUGGUAUAAUCAGCGGGCAAUUGGAAACUGGAUUGGGAGCAUAUGAAGGCCAUUGUAAAUCUGAUUGGGAAUCUCAAGAGGAUUAUAUCAAAAAGCAGUGGUCUGUCAACCAGCAUAAGGUGGACUAUUUUGAGAAUGAGGCACCUGUGAUGGAAGGAUAUUCUGAAUUUUUUACAAAGAGCACCAUUGAUAGCAUCGCUUUACCUGUGAACUACCUAGGCGAAUACUAUACACAGAAAAUGAUAUAUAUGGGGAACAAGGAGGCUGCUGAAAACCAGUUGCUGGUGACUGCAUAUGAAACCUGCAACUCACUUACAAGCUCCUUAGAGGACAUCUGCAUCCAUCUAGACGAAAACAAUCUGGAUUUCCUCGAAGACCUUGGGCCUCCUAUCAAAAGGCUUGCUGAAAUUUGUUGUGGCUCGAGCAUCCACCUCAAGGACAGGUCCAUUUCCACGUCCCCCAAAAAGGAUUUAUCUGGUUCACAAGUGGGCAUCAAAGUGCAAGGUGCUGUUGAUGGUGUCCACAAUGAGGCUACCUCUGUCUCUGCAUCAACCACUCAAAUCACAACAAAUUAUGAUGAGCGUGUUAUCACCGGGGGAGCCACAUCAGCAGCCAAGGCAGGCCUUGUCCAGCAGCCUGCAGACUACCUGUCCUAUACACCCAUGUACAUAAUGGAGCAACAGCAUCAGCCCGCCCUGUUUCUUGCUUCUGGUCCAGUGUUGGGUGUUCAAGAAAAUGUGGUGCUGGUGGAGAAAGGGCAUACCAACAUGGCAGUCAUUGCCCAGAACACCCUUCCUUUGCUGGAGUUGCAGCAAGCAAACACCAGAGUACUAGUGGAUCAGGGUAUUGGAAACACAGUGCUACAUGGGUUGCCAGGUCACUCUGAGGCUCAGGUCACUGUUCCCGGUAUUGUUCAGUUUGUAGAGAACCAACGAGUACAGAGAGUGGAGCCUGUGCAUGUUGUGCAAAGCUCCUCACAAUCCAGCAUUAAGUGUCAGAGUAUGAAGGCCACUGGACAAAGCACAGAGAUUGGGGCUUUAGGAAAUGCACCAGUUAUCCCAAGUGCGGGUUUAUCGUCGCAGGAAGAUGUGCCUUGUUUUGCUGCACAGGGGUUUCAGGUGUCAAAGGAAAAUUUCCAGUCAAGCUCCACCUCUUAACCCAAAUACAAGGGCUCUCAGAUCCUCUACAUAAAUACCCUUAUUUUGGUGAAUUCAUCAAUUAAGCUGUAAGGGAUAUGCCAAAAACCUGACUGACCAGAAGAGCAGGAUGGCACCUAACAAGGAGAAAAGCAAACACCUUUUUCAAAAACUGUUCAUUAAUUCACAGUGAUGAGCAUGAGCAUUUAGACUAACUAGUUUUUUUUACAUAGGCUUUAUUUGUUCUUCUAUGGGAUUGGUAUCUCUGCAUGACCGAUGCAUCUCUGUAACAAUUUUGCAUCUCUUUCUUUGUUUUAUUGUUUUCCACAGAUGACAGAGUUUCUGCUUUUUUCACAACAACUGGCAACUUUUGCCUAUGAUAUAACUAGUAGAAUUAUUAGCCAAAUCCACUGAUUUGUAAUUUUCUCUGGAGAUAAACCAUGAAUGUAUCAUGCUUUACCUUGUUACAGUUCUUACAAUAAGAUGGCAUAACUUCACUAUUUUAUUAUCAUUAUAAUGUGUUUGUUAUUAGUGUAAAUUGAUGUCAGAUUUGUGACAGGCUUUGAGUCAGUACUGGAUCACUAUUGGGUAAUUGGGACGAUGUUUGUAGUGUCUAUGAGUAUAAAUUAGAAAGAGUAUAUUUAGGUGGAUUCGACCUACUGUAUUGUACAUUUCAUGUUAGAGAGAUGAGUUUUCACACACUCUCUGGAUCAGCUGUUUAUUUCUCCCAACCAACAUGUAGCGGAUAAUUUGUUUGUCUUUUUCAUUGCUGCAGUGCCACCUACUGGAAUAAAAAACUGAAAACCCUUA